AUGCGUUCGUCAUCCUCGGAUAAUGGCUGUGGCUAUGCGAGGCUCGAUGCUGACAUGGAAGAUGGCAGCCGCGAAGAUGCGCCGAAAGGUCAUACGACUUGGUGCGUCGCGAAGAGCUACUUUUGCUUGAUCUGCGCGAUGGUCCUUUGCUUUUACAUGGGCCGAAACAUCGCCUCCUUAUCCAAGGGUGAAAUUGACAGCUUCCCUCUUUGGGCCGGCGAAGCCUCUCUCGAAGAAAGGAAGUGCGUUUUCAACAUUUUCCUCGCUCGCCACUGUGACAAGAACCCACCAUGGACCAAGGACCCUACACGGAUGCAGCUGUGCACAGAGAAGGGCUUGCUUCGUGGAGAACAUAUGGGCGCGAUAUUUGGUCCAGGUGGCAAGUAUCCAGUUCCGGACAGGCUCUUUGCGCGGCAUCUGGAACCCGGAGUCUAUAGCAGCAGAGAUUUGUACCUCCUCUGGCCGCUGGCCCAGCGGCUGCAGCUCGUGGUGAACACCACUUUCAAGCAGGAGGACCCGCUGGAGCUCGUCCGCGCUCUUCACGAGGGGCGCGAGGCCGGCUGCCCAUCGGGUAGGACAGAACAGACUGUCCUUGUGUCAUGGGAUCACUGCACGAUCCCAACACUCGCACAGGCGUUGGGCUGUGAUGAUCAGAUCUGUCGUUCUUGUUGGGACGAUGCCGACUACGACCAGGUCAUAUGGCUGAGGUAUGCCGGUUUGAGACAGCCCAGCCACAAGAAAAUGUCUUGGAACAUGACUGCGAAGGCAGUUGCAGAGAACUUUUCGCUUCCACGGGGCGCCAUGGGCUACAAAGAGUGCCUUGGCAACCCUGCAGAGAACACGCGCUUCGGAUUCACCUGCGAAGCGCCGGCGUCUUGGGACUCGCUGCCAGCGUUCGUGACGGGCCUGGAUGACGGCCGCGCUCCAAAGUAG